AUGAAUCAACAAGGAGGUGGAGCUGGAGGAGGAGGGUCCAUUAAAAUGUCCUCGACCGCUGUGAAAGGCCAGAUGAAAGGCCUCCUUAAAGGACUAAGAUACAUUUCCCAAAUUUUCGAUGAGGAUGAAGAAAAGGAGAUACAAAUUGGGUUUCCUACAGAUGUAAAGCAUUUGGCACAUAUUGGAUGUGAAGAUGGAAAGGCGAAUCCACCUAGCUGGAUGACCGAGUUUAAAGAUUCACAACCAUCUUCGCCCAAAGCAAAGACAUCUGAAGGCCUAGAUAGUGGUAAUAAUAGUGACACCAAUAGUAGUGUAAAAGGAGAAGGAAAGAAAAGCCAUGCUCGAAAGUCGAGGCAUCGUUCAUCGGACAGCCAAUCUUCAAUAAGCUCUCCACCGCGAGAGGAAGGAUCCAACAAGCCAUCACGGCGACACCAUUCUUCAGAAACUUCUAGAAGACACAGCCGUCAUUCAACAGAAGAAGAAGAUAUCAACAAACCACCAACUAAACAUACGCAUCGCAGAAAGACCAAAGAGGAUAAAGACAAAGAAUCUUCUUCCUCGAGAAAGCCUCGAAGGUCGUCCAAGGCUGGUUCCAUGACUGAUGUCUCGUUCACGAAUCUUGGGCCUGGGCCUGGGCCUGGAUCUGUUUCUGGGCCUUUAGCCUAA